UGUAUACUCUCUUAUGCAGGUCAUACAGUAUAGAUUACAUUAUUCAUCCUAAUUCUUGAGUAGUAGUCAAAUGAUUCCUAAAUGUUUUCCGUAAGAAGGUUUAGCAUCAUUAGGAUUUAGGAGUACUUAGCUAUUAUGAAAUUAAUAAAACGUACUAUAAGAAAUGCUAAAAGUAAUAAAGGGUAGAAAAAAAAAUGAUUCAGAAACUCCUCCAUCAAUUACUGCUAAUAUGUCCUCUCUUCCAACCUUUACUCUUGUCAACGAUUCAGCAGUAUUUUAUUGUUGACAACAGAAAAUGAAAUACGGAAUAAAUUAAUACAAUCAAUUAAAUACUUCUGCCACAAAAUCAAUGUCCCCUUUUCCUCUGCAGAAGAUUAAGGGCCUCAUUCUUGGAGUUCUCUGCUGUUCCCUUUUGUUCCUUUUCAUCUGAGCUUGUGGGAAUGUUUUGAAUUUUUUCUUCUUUUUGUUCCAAAAAAAAAAAAAACAUUUUUCAUGUGUAGUCUGCCUUGGAAAACUAUCCCUUCUGAUGUAAAGAUCCAAUCUUUGACCUGGUACUAAGACUGACCCCUCUGUAGGAUAGAAGGCUAUUAGAGACAGAGAGAACAAGGAUGAAGAAUUUGUUUGGGAGCCCAGGAAAGGUGAGCGGGCUGGUCUUGAGGCUAGGACAGUGUUUUUUUGCUGCUUCUUCUCUUGGGGUUAUGGCUGCUGCUCCUGGUUUCUCUACUGCCACUACCUUCUGCUACUUGAUUGCAUCAAUGUGCCUUCAACUUUUGUGGAGUUUUGGGCUUGCUUGCUUUGAUGUUCAUGCCUUGAGGUCAAAGAGGGACUUGCACAAUAAUAUUUUUGUCAGCUUGUUCGUUGUUGGCGACUGGGUCACAUCCACUCUAACACUGGCAGCUGCAUCCUCUUCCGCGGGUGUAACUGUUCUACUCAUCAAAGACACAAAUGCUUGCAGAAUGGAGCGCAAGUUCUCGUGUGAUAUGUUUCAGGUUUCUGUAGGAUUAGCAUUUGUAUCUUGGUUCUUGCUUGCCAUAUCCUCGUACGUAAUGUUUUGGCUCGCUGCUACAGCUUAAUUAGUCCACUUCGCACUGUCAGCAUUGGCACACACAAAGACCACAUUUUUGCAGUUGUAAAUACUGUUGAUUUUGUACACAUCGUAUGCAAUAUGAUAACCUAUUAUUGUCCUCGUUUGGGUGACC